AAGCGAUUAACACAUCAAGUGACUGGAAGGGUGGGAGUCUCUUUGUACUCCAUCUCUGUCCCACACUCUGCCUCUCACCUGUACCUACUGAACACUGUGGUGACACUCUCCAGGGCACAGUGGGAUUGAAGUGGUGGCGCAACCAAUUAUUGUGUCCACUAGGGGGCAGCAAUGACGGUGACCUACUCACGCAGGGUGGCAGACGCUGGCUUGGGAACCUUCUCCCGCCUGCUACUACGAUGGAGGGGCAGCAUCUACAAGCUUCUAUACAGGGAGCUGAUCAUCUUUACCGCUCUGUACUCCUUUCUUAGCAUCAUUUACAGGUUCUUACUGAGGGAUGAGGAGAAGCGAAUGUUUGAGAAGCUUACCCUCUACUGCAACCACUAUGCAGAACUCAUCCCUGUGUCCUUUGUACUGGGGUUCUACGUCACCCUGGUGGUCACGCGCUGGUGGGGACAGUUCGAGAGCGUUCCCUGGCCCGACCGCUUGGGGGCGCUGGUGGGAGGGCAUGUGCGGGGGGCGGAUGAUGCAGCCCGGCUCGUCCGGCGCACCCUCAUGCGUUACGCCAACCUGUCUGGCGUGCUCAUCUACCGUUCCGUCAGCACUGCUGUCUACAAGAGGUUCCCUACCAUGGAGCACCUGGUGCAGGCAGGCCUGAUGACAGCUGAGGAACUAAGGCAGCUGGAGGCCGUGCCCUCGCCCCACAGCAAAUUCUGGGUGCCUUGCAUGUGGUUUGUCAGCCUGGCCCUCAGGUCCCGCAGUGAAGGCCGCAUCAACAACGACGUGGCGUUAAGCGCUAUCCUCAAUGAGCUGAACACCCUCCGUACACAGUGCAUGAAGCUGUACAGUUAUGAUUGGAUCAGUCUGCCCCUGGUUUACACGCAGGUGGUGACAGUGGCCGUCUAUAGUUUCUUCCUGGCUUGCCUGAUUGGCCGCCAGUUCCUGGACCCUGCACAGGGCUACCCUGGCCAUGACCUGGACUUGUACCUGCCGGUCUUCACCCUGCUUCAGUUUUUCUUUUAUGCUGGCUGGCUGAAGGUUGCUGAACAGCUAAUUAAUCCAUUCGGUGAGGAUGAUGAUGAUUUUGAGACCAACUGGCUGGUUGAUCGAAAUCUACAGGUGUCGCUGUUGUCUGUGGAUGAAAUGUACGACAGUGUGCCUGUCUUGGAGAAGGAUAAGUACUGGAACGAGUCAGAACCUCAAGCCCCCUACACCACUGCCAGUGCGGAACACCGCAAGCCAUCAUUCAUGGGGUCUGCACUGGAUAUAAGUGUUCCCAAGGAGGAAAUGGAGUUUCAGUCUAACCUGCAGCAGAUCAAAGAGCAUGAGGCGGCCAACCACUCCACACCUCUGCUAGGAGGCUUGGGGCGGCUACUGGGGGUUCAGCAUCAGAGCUUUUCUCGCUCCUCCACCUCCUCAAGAAUGUCUCUACUGCGUCGCAGGCCUGGGGCCCCACUGGGGUGCUUUCCCCUCUAUCUGCACCCGGAGAGGCCCCUGGCCCCAGGCCACGCUUGCCCUGACCCUCCCCUUGAGCAGAACCUAGAGUACAGAUUCUCCUCUAUGCUGUUGCAUGAGCGACCCGGCUUCUACAGCUGUCCUCAAACGCCCAUCCAUUGUGUGCCGCCAGCUGUUCCCCGCCCACGACCCCCCCGGAGGCCUCAGACCGACUGGGACCACAGCUCCAGCUCACUCGCACCCACCUUGUUGGGCUCCCAGCUGUUGCCUCCUGACACACCAAGCAUUCAUCCACCUCCAUCAUCUGCCUUCCCAUGGCUGAGUGAGCAAGGGGAACCUUCCACUGGUCCCACCUUUUCCUUCCCAGAUCCUGUGCUUGAGCCAUGUCCGCUUCCUCUCCCUCUACCCAAGAUUAGGCCUACUCAGCUACGACAACCUCCACGCCCUCACUGCUCCCUGGACCCUAUUCCCCCCUCUGACACACAUCCCGGUCCCCCUAACACACCGGGAGAACAGUUCUUUUCAUUCACACCAUUUCGUGUCCCUGUCCCAAACUGCAACAUAAGUUCUGGCAGCAUCAAUACAAUCAACAGUUCCUCCUCCACCGCUGGUAGCCAUGGCAAUAUCUGCAGCCAAGGAAACUUUAACUGUGCUAGCAGCACCACCAGUAACGGUCUUGCCAAUAAUGUAAACCCUGUAUCGCCACCUUCUGCUUGUGUUCAACCAGCAGCCAAUCAGCAAGUAUCACCCAAGGACUCAGGGAAGCCAUUGGUUCACCAGGACCUUCUAGACAUGCUGGCUGGAAAUGGGGAGAGGGUAAGACCAACUGGUGGAAGGGAACAAAAAUAAGGAACUGAAUAGGUUGCAGUAGUAGGUGUACCCCUAGCCCAAUGAUUUGAUUGAAUCUUCCGCUCGCCCUAAGAAAGAAAUUUUACAAUACAUACAAAAGCUGCAGACCUGCCCAGAGGUGUAGUAGCGUAUAUAGGGAUUUGUGUUUUGAACAGCUCUAAGAUGCAAUGCUCUUAAACCACUGCCUACAACGUAUUACCAGCUGAAGAUAAACUAAGGUUUGUCCUAGAACCAUAGUUUUGUAAUCUUCCAAGUGUUCUGUCCCAGAAAGGACGAACUGUUAUUACACCGUUCUAAA